AUGGCAUCUUUCCUUCCAGUAGUUCCAAAGUAUUCCCCAUUUGACAAGGAAUCUGCUUCUAUGGAAAAGUUUGCAAAUAAUUAUAAAAAUCAAGCCAAACCAAAGGUUGGCUCGAGGAGUGGAAGACAAAUUCCUUCAUCUGAUCAAUUAAUGGCAAUGCUAAAGAGUGGAAAUGAUGAUGUACCAACCACGUCUCAAUUGGGAGAACAAUUAGGAUUAAAUAUUGAUGGAGAUAAAUUCAUGUUACUUUCCCCACAAACUGAAGAAUUGAAGGGUUCACUUGGUAAAAUUCUCAUGUACAUAUCAGAUACCUUGUAUUCAUUAAGGCCAGUAGUUUAUUGUAAGUUUUUCACACUAGUUUGA